GCAGCUCGUUAGCUAGCCCGGGUUAGCUCGUGAGUGGGAGGGAAGGAGGGCGGUGGACGUGACGAAACCAGCUAGCACGUUUGACUCGACGUGGACGUGGAGUGGACUCUGAAUCGUCUUCUGCUAACAAAAUCUCCACCAUUUUCAACUGUCUGACACCCAACAACAGACACACACCGGUGGCUGUCGUGUUGCAGCGUUGGGACACUCUCUUCCUCUCUGCUUUAUGCAUUAACUAGUAUGGCCGGUAGCACUGCCAAGACGGUACACGACAUUUUUCAAAGCAUGGAGUACGGACCAACUUCCUCCAGCGCUGCCACUGCACAGGCCUGGCUGGACCACCACUCCCGUUCCCUCGGUCUCUUCAUGGAUGGCAAGUUUGUGUGUCCAGCAGACAGACAGACUUGCUCACUGGUUGAUUCUAAAGGCAGUGCUGUGUGUAGCACAGUGUGUGCUGUGGACCACGAUGUUUCCAAGUGUGUUUCCUCUGCUGUCAUUGGCUUUAAGGCCUGGAGCAGCCUGUCCUGCUUCGAGAGGGCCAAAGUGUUGCUCAAGAUGGGCAGUGUGCUCGGGCAGCAUGGUCAGUGUGUGUCGGAGGUGUGUGAGCUGAGCAAGACGUCCUGCUCACCCUCCACCUUGCUCAGACUGCUCCAGUACUACAGCAGCUGGGCGCAGCUCAGAGACUCGCUCAUCACUGACUGGAGUCCCUUGGGUGUGGUGGCCGUAGUCGCCUCUGAUGACUGCUCCCUCUAUUCUCUCAUGCAGAAAGUCGUGCCGGCACUGGCCAUGGGCAACUCUGUGGUCAUCGUGCCCGGCCGGAGCUCUGCCCCUCCAGCUCUCUUACUGGCCCAGCUGUUUAUGGAGGCAGGACUUCCUUCCAGCGCCCUCAGUGUGCUGACAGGAAGUGACGUUUCUCUGGGAGCCAAAGUGGCCCAGAAUCCAAACAUUAGCUAUGUCACAUACAGUGGCAACAAGCAGGACGGAGUGACCCUGUGUAAAGCCACAGCCGGGCUCGGCGUUCCUGUCUCUGUCUCCCCCUGUGUCGGUGCCACGUGUCCUUUUAUCAUCUUUGAGUCGGCUGAUAUUGAUAGUGCUGUGGAAGGAGUGAUGGAGACUGCCUUCAAGGCAAAGAAGGAGGUCCAGUGGGUGCUGUGUGUGCAGGAGAGUGUGUUGGACGGUGUUGUGUCCCGCCUUCGGCUGCGCAUGGCAGCGAUGAAGUGUGUGGCUCUCGCCAGCGAGGGAGACAGGGCUCAGGUGGACGCGGCAUUACAGGAGGCUCAGAAGCAGGGGGCCACGCUGCUCCAGCCCUGCGCUGCCCCCCCUUCCGGCACCCAGUUCCCUCCCACAGUGCUGUGUGGGACAGCCCCCUCCUCCCCAUGCGUGGUCAACCCUCCUCCUGGACCGCUGCUGCCCCUCAUGUCAUUCAGAAGCAACACAGAGGCAGUUUCUCUGGCCAACCACAGUCCACACGGCCAGGCAGCCUCCAUCUGGACUGAAGACCUCACCCUGGCUCUGGAGACAGCAAAGAGUCUGUCAGUAGGCUCAGUGUGGGUGAAUUCCCACUCCAUGUCGGACCCCUGCCUGCCUGCUUCUGGCCACAAAGACAGCGGCACCUGCACUGACGGAGGACAGGAAGGUCUGUACCAGUUCCUGCAGCCCUCAUCUUCCUCUUCCUCUCCUCCUCUUCCUCGCUCCUCUUCCAUCUCUAUGGAUUACAGCAACUUUGGAACAGCAACUUCUCCGGCCGUCAUCCCUAAUGGGUCAGACCCUGCCAGUGCUCCCAAGUCUUACCUCCAGUUUGUUGGAGGAAAGUCGUGCAAGUCAGAGUCUGGAUCCAGUGUAGCAGUUCAGUCACCAGAGGGCACCACUGUGCUGGCCUACUGCCCAGACGGAGGCAGGAAGGACGUCCGCAACGCUGUGGAGGCUGCUAUCAAAGUCCAGCCUGGCUGGAUGAAAAAGAGCAUGUCUGCACGCGCUCAGUCGCUGCACUCCCUGGCCAAGGGCCUGGAGGCGAAGAGGCGGGACAUAGCUGCGUCAAUCAACGCCCAGACAGGCCUCUCGUUAGAGGAGGCUGACAAAGAGGUGGAGCUUAGUAUUGCCAGGCUCAGUGAUUGGGCAGCUUGUUGCGACAAAAUCCAGGGAGGAGCACCGCCAGUGCCGCAGUCUGGCUUUGCCCUCUCCCUCCCUGAAGCUCUGGGAGUGGUUGGUGUGGUCCUGCCCGACAACAGGCCCUUCCUCUCCAUGGUUACGCUGCUCGGUGCAGCUAUCGCCAUGGGCAACGCUGUUGUUAUGGUGCCCAGUCAGAAGCACCCACUUCCAGCUUUGGCCUUUAUCCAGGUGCUGCAGUCUGCAGACCUGCCUGCAGGCUUGGUAAACAUCAUCACAGGAAGCAGAGAUCAGCUGACGGCGGCUCUGGCCAAUCACAGCGUCCUCAAGGCCAUUUGGUACUGGGGUAACGCGGAGGGCUGUCAGUAUCUGCAGUACACCUGUACCAGCCCUCUGAAAACCCUGUGGCUGCACUGCCAAAAGGAGGAGAAGGACGGAGGCAUGGACUGGACUCAGCUCCGUCCCUCACACAAGGAGGAAAUGUGGAGGAAGGCCGUGCAGUGGAAGAGCAUCUGGAUCCCCACCGCCUAGAGAGGGAGAGAGGAGAGGGGGAUGAGGAGGGAGAUGAAGGGAGAAAAAGAGUCAGAUGUUUCAACCUCAACCUUUAGCACUUCAUCUGUUGGUUUGCAGAUGUUUGUGUGUAAACCAGUCGGAAAUCAACAGUGGCUCAGGGCAACAAUGGCCAAGAAAAAUUAAUAUAAUUCCAGCAAAAUAAAAAGUAUGGGCAAAAAAAUGGUUCCAUUAAUUAAGACUACCCUUUUUAGAUGAAGUUGUUGGGAAUGUGGAUACGAGGUUUGUUGAUCUGAAAAUAAGCCAGCACUCAGCUGGAAGCCAUAGAAACCUUUGUCAGCCGUAGUGAAAAAUGCCAGCCCUGCAUAAGAAAUGGGGCAAUAAAACAACUCACUGAAACUAAUGUUAAUUUCUUACACUCGUGUAAAAAUAUGUUAUCUGUUUUUGCCACAAUUCUAACAGUUAACCAGGCCAGAGAACAGCACAGAUUUGAGAUCUGGGACCGAAGACGAAAAGAGGUAGUGAGUAAACAUGAAAGAGGAAGAAUGAGAAAAGAGGUUAAAUAUAUGACAGGAUUUACUCUGUGGUGUGAUGCAGGCUGUCCAGAGUCAUUCCUUUUGAAUCUAUUGAUUAAAAAAAUAAGUAAUGCACUUAAAAGAGGUAUUAGAAACAGAGGGGGGAUUUGGGGGACUUUUGCCAAAUCCUAUAAAUAGUUAACCCUUUUAUAAAGGUUCUGUGUUAUCAGUGUGGCUGGUAUGUGGGACUUACCAAGUUAACACAGUACAAGAAGCAGUUACUGAUAUUACAUGUUCCUAAAAUGGAUGUCUACCAUAAAACUGAAUUUACACAUAGUAGUCCUGUCUAGCUUCAAAAGGUUAAGUCAGUAUUAGCAGCUCCAGGAUUUUUUUGGUUGUUGUUCACCAUCAGUCUUUGCUCUCCUGUUUGAGAGAGACUUUAUCAGAUUAACUGAGCUUAUUAUGGGGACUAAAAAGAGCAGUUUUCUCUUUAAAUCAGUAUAUAGUCACCAUUACACCUAAACUAAUGUAAAUUAGCAUUGAUUAGCACUUAAGUGGAAAUCUCACUUAGAUAGUGAUAACAUAAAAGGGGGAUAACUCAGCUUAGAAGGGUAAAGCAUGUGAACACUACACAGUAAAAAUCCUGCAAAUAAAGGAGAAAUCCUGCCUCAGAAAGUCUUACAUUGUUAUAUAGAAUCAGGUUUUGAUGUUCACUGCAUUCCAAGAUAAUGAAUUCAUGUUUCCCAGAAUGCCUUUAAACUGCCCCCAUAGAACAUAUGUGAUCUUUUUACUUCCAGCUGUUUAAUGAGAGCAGAGCAAGAGUUUCUCCAGUGGAGCAAAACCUUUGUCCUGAUGCUGCACUGCAUUCUGCUCUAUUCAUGUCCCAGUCAUGAGCCCACUAUUGCAAGAUGCUGAAGUGUUAUAGGGUGUAUUUUUCCUUUAAGAAACCAUAGAUUUUGCUACGACUUACCGCAUACAGUUGAGGUCUUUCCAAAGGAUAUUGGAUUUCUUUUUAAAUGUGUGAUUCUCUCUUGAUUCUCUCUUGAAGGAGAAAGGCUCUUUAGACUUUGGUUUGAUUUGUCUGGGAACUAAACCUCACAAUCAAGUGCAUGGAGUGCUGCUGUUGCUGCCCUCACUGUCACAAGACCAAUGACUUUCUACCUCUACCUGCUGUUCUUAUGCAAAGCUUUGAGCUCAGUCAUCAGACCUCUGCUGCUUUUUGUACAGGCAUCCUAGCUCUAAGGUCGUCAGGGUCUACAGUGUGCUCACUUUUAACAGCCUUGGAUCAUAAAGCAUAAAACAUUUUCAGGUACCAGAGAUGUGUGGUAGCAACUUAAGAUGUGCCAGUCGUAGUCUUCCUCAAUACAGUAAUAAAACCUGAUCUGCCUUAGAGCUCUGCCUGUGAAUGAGUUAAAUGAAGUUGAUCAUGUGAAACCUUAACCCCACCUUACUAACACAGAUCCUCAAUACUGUACAAUGAGAUACUGUAAUUUUCUGGCCAUAGAAGUGUACCUCCAGGUCUGUGAUCUUAACUUUACCAGUGAAAUCAAGGUUUUGUUCAGAUCUGA